AUGUCCGUACAUACCGAAGUCACGGCCAGAGCAAUUUACUCUUUUAAUCCUACCAUACAGGAGUAUUCCAAAUAUGCCAAUUAUUUACGUAAAAAUCCACAAUUUGUUCAGGCGGGAUCAUUUUUUCCGGAUUGGGGAUACAAUUGUUGGAAAAACGAUGAACUUUCGGAAAUUGCUCAUUGGCCUCCUUUCAUCAAAACAGCCACAGAAUAUAUUCGCGAAAAGUAUAAAAGCGAAUCAUGGGAACAGGAUGAAGUGGCCCAGGGAGUAAUUUCUUUUCUAUACGCGAUAACCUCUCAUGGGACAGCAGAUGUUUCAUUUCAUAGCUUAGCAGGACUUGAUGAUGGAUUCAUAGCCACAAUGUCUGAAGUAAAUUUUAAGCAAGAUUACCAUGCGGCACAUUCUGCGGCUGACAUGGGUGGUGAAUUCACUCUUUCACAUAUGGUUGAUUUGGAUUAUCUUGAGGAUGAAUGGCGAGUGCCUGUUGAUGAUAUAAUAGAAAUAUAUAAAAGAAUCAACCAAACAGCAUCGAGAAAGCAUAUAGAUUAUUGUGUUAAACAAGCAUUUGCUGCCAUGCAAGCUAAUAAAAGAUUUGGAAAAAUUUUCUUCGCUGCAUAUGGUGAAAAGUCACCUUUUUUGCUUGAAAAAUUGGAAGAAUAUUACCGUGGAG